CGCGCCAGAGCGGCCGCCGUGCCACUGGCGUCACGUCACACUAGCACGUCAUCGCCGAGCCUCUAGAGGCGGGAGGUGGGAGCGCGCGUGAUCGCGGGGCUGCUGAGCAGCUGAGGCACUGGUGUAUGAACUGGAAACUUCAGAGCAUUUGAAGGAUUCCACUGGAUGGCUUUCAGCUAUUCAUAGCUAGAGAUCCUGUCAGAAGCUGUGCCCAUCUGAUAUGCUUCUCUCUCCCGUGGACCUCCCCAAGAGGAGGUGGAAGGGGUCCCAGUGCAGACAGCCACAUGGAUGCUCCUGAAACCAGACUACAGAUCUGACUUGGUGAAUAGAUUUAGUUCAUCUUCAGUCUGUUUCCCCCUGAACUUCUCAGAGAUGCAGAGCUACUUCUGGAAAUGAAACUGCUCCAAAGGGAAGUUGCAUUUUCAUAUUGAAUGGACAGUAAGCAAGUGGCAGAAACCACCUGACGGGACCACACCUGGAGUCACUGGACUGGGGACACCAGUGUGCAUGGAGAAGUUCUUCUCGGGGGAAUACCGGAUGAGGAGAAUGAGGCCAGCUGGAGAGUAAAUGGCCACCCCCACCCCCCCAGAGACAAAGUCAGCCUCGUGGUGGAACUACUUUUUUCUGUAUGAUGGUUCCAAGGUAAAGGGGGAAGGAGACCCUACCAGAGCUGGCAUCUGCUACUUCUACCCCUCCCAGACCCUGCUGGACCAACAGGAACUGCUCUGUGGCCAGCUUGCCGGAGUUGUGCGCUGCCUGUGGGACCUUUCUGGUACCCCGCCCACACUCAUCCGUCUGCGGAAGCUCAAGUUUGCCAUCAGAGUGGAUGGGGACUACCUGUGGGCUCUGGGCUGUGGCGUGGAGCUCUCUGAUGUCAGCUGCAGGCAGUUUCUGGAUCAACUCAUUGGAUUCUUUCAUUUCUACAUGGGCCCUGUCUCUCUGGCUUACAAGAACCAUCCUCAGGAGGAGCUGAGUUUGCAGUGGGACACCGUCAUCACACACGUCCUCAGGAGCACCAGCGAGUCGCACAGAAUCUUCAACGCCCUGUGGAAUCUGGACCACACCAAGGUGGAGCCCCUGCUGCUGCUAAAGGCAGCCCUCAUAUUACAGACCUGCCGGCGUUCGCCCCAUGUCCUGGCUGGCUCCAUCCUCUACAAAGGACUGAUCGUGAAUUCCCAGCUCCCUCCUUCUCUUACCACGCCAAGGUCCUGCUUCAGUCAGACUGUCCCCACAGGCCAGAGACUUCCUGGAGCAGGGGCAGCUGCACAGGAAGCAGGAGCAGCAUUGCCCCCUAAUGUGCAGAUCACCCCUGUUUUUCUGAGUGAGGAGGAAGUUGCUAGCCUCCGUGUGUUCACAGUGGAGCAGGAGACUAGCCUCCAGGAAAGUCCAUCUCAGUACCCUCCCAGGGAUCGAAGCACCCCUACCCAGGCAGAGUAUUCCUGGAUGCCUAUGCCCCAUGAUGGAGCAAGGCUGAAUGGCAGGGGGGCAGAUGGGCCCUUCCCUAAACAUUCACAGGAGCAUGCGGUGGCUGCAGGACUAGGCACCACUGCCUGUGGCCAGGAUUCUGGCAUCAGCAGCAGGCUGCAGCAGGAGCUGGGCUUUUCCCAAGAGGAACUGGACUUGUCUGAAAUCCACAUCUCUGAGGCUCAGGAAGCUUUCCUACCCAUGCCUGUCGUAGGUGAUCAGGAAGCUCUCCUCACCAGCCACCAGGCCCCCACACUGCCUGAAAACACAGAAAUAUGCAGCCAUCUGGACCCUUCCCCUCUUGAGAGGCUCCCUGAGAGCAGAGGGCAGGAACGGCUUGCAGACCUUCCUAUCACCAAUGGCCAAACUCAAGUUCCUGGCUCAGACCCUCUCCCCAGAAGAAGCAGCAGCCCUGUGGUACUUCCUCCCCAGGACCCCGUGGGUAUGGAGCCCAGUGUGGAGCAAUGUGGGGACAGAAGCCUCCAGAGCAGGUCAGCCCUAGCAUGCACUUUGCCCUCAGCUGACUCUCAGGGUCCCGGCACCUCUGCAGACAGAAGUGACUUCAAGUUCUCCCCAGCUGGGCUCCAUGCAGGGCUCUUGCCCAUGAACCUCUACACUCACAGUGUGAAUGGGCUGGUGCUAUCCCUGCUGGCUGAGGAGCCUCUUCUCAGAGACACUGCAGCCAUCGAGGAAGUGUACCACAGCAGCCUGGCAUCCCUGAAUGGGCUGGAAGUUCACCUGAAGGAGACACUACCCCGAGACGAGGCUAGCCUCACAAGCAGCACGUACAACUUCAUGCAUUAUGACCGAAUCCAGAGUGUGCUCACAGCCAACCUGCCUCUAGUGGCUGCUCCCCAGGACCGCCGCUUUCUGCAGGCCGUCAACCUCAUGCACUCUGACUUUGCCCAGCUGCCUGCGCUGUACGAGAUGACCGUCAGGAACGCCUCCACAGCUGUGUACGCCUGCUGCAACCCAGCCCAGGAAACCUACUUCCAGCAGCUGGCGCCCACUGCUCGCAGCUCCGGCUUCCCGAACCCUCAGGAUUGUGCCUUCAGCCUUGCAGGCAAAGCCAAGCGGAAACUGCUGAAGCAUGGUAUAAACCUGCUGUGAGCUGCGCACAGCCGUGUGUCACCUGGGCUGUGCGGCAGCCCCUCCAGUGUCCCCAGCGCUAAGGAUUGAGAAGGACCUUAUUCUUCAGUGGCUGCUGCAUGAGGGUGAGAGGGCUCAGGUUCUGUCAUGUGUAAGUGACCUGAACAGGUGCAGAGCAGGCUGCAGGCUCAAGAAUGCAGCCAUGGCAAUCUCACCUGACAGUUUACUUAAAGUACCCAUGGUACUCUGCAACCUUGCGAUGCUGAGUUUCAAGUUUAUGAAAGAUUCCCAAGGGCUCAAAAAUAAAAUGACCAAAGUGA